GUGAUUAUUGAAAGUGUAGUGAUAAAAUGAAUGACUUAUUCUCUCCUUCGCUUAAAAAGUAUCAGGACCUAAAACAACAGAUCCAGAUGGAUGAUUUGGAAUUAGGGACUGGGGGCACCGGUCCUUCUCAGAACGAAAGCAUUGAUCUUGCUAAGUUCUUCGAAGAUGUAGAGAAUGUGAAAGAGGAUAUGAAGGAGGUUGAGAACUUACAUAAACGAUUGCAAGAAUCAAAUGAAGAGAGCAAAACCGUCCAUAGUGCACAAAAAGUAAAGGAUAUUAGGGCUCGAAUGGACUCUGAUGUGACACUUGUUUUGAAACGUGUCAAGAUCAUCAAAGGAAAACUUGAAGGCUUAGAAAGAUCAAAUGUAGCAAAUAGGAAGAACAUGGGUUGUGGUCCAGGAUCCUCUGCUGAUCGAACAAGGACUUCCGUAGUUAGUGGUUUAGGGAAGAAACUAAAAGUUCUCAUGGAUGAUUUUCAAGCAUUGAGAGCGAAGAUGAAUUCAGAAUACAAGGAUACUGUGGCAAGAAGGUACUUCACCGUAACAGGAGAGAAUGCAGAUGAUGAACUUAUAGAUAAUUUAAUAUCAAGUGGAGAGAGCGAGUCGUUCCUCCAAAAGGCUAUUCAAGAACAAGGAAGAGGACAAAUUAUGGACACAAUUUCAGAAAUUCAAGAAAGACAUGAUGCUGUGAAGGAAAUUGAGAAGAAUUUGAUUGAACUACACCAAAUUUUCCUAGACAUGGCUGCACUAGUAGAAGCACAAGGACAACAAUUGAAUGAUAUAGAGAGUCAUGUGGCACAUGCAAGUUCAUUUGUUAGAAGAGGAACAGAACAACUCACAGAGGCUAGGGAGUUGCAAAAAAGUUCAAGAAAAUGUACUUGCAUUGCUAUUCUCCUUAUCAUUCUUCUUAUUAUUGUACUAACUUUUCCACUUUGGUCACCAUUAAUUACUAGUAGGUUGUAG